CCAUCCAUUCCUCCCGGUCGUCGCCUCCCACUCGAAGCAUCCAAAUCUCCCACUUCCUCACCGCCAACCGGGCAGGCGCGAUGGAGCUGGAGCUCGACGCAGUCGGCGGCGGCGGCGGCAGAAGAGUGGUUUCCCUCUCCAGCGAGUCCCCGGAGGCCGACCUCGGCCGCGGCGACGUGGUUCUGGCAGACCGCAACAUGUCGCGCCGCCACGUCUCGCUCCGCCUCGUGGGCGGCGGAGAGCCCGGGGUCGCCUUCGAGGUCGUAGGGAGGAACCCCGUGCUCGUCCGCUCGUCGGCCGGGGGAGACAAGGUGUACCGCCGAGGCGAGGCGGGCGAGCUCCGGCCCGGGGACGGGCUGUCUCUGUCGCUGAAGGCGCCGUCGUUCUGGACGGCGCGGAGCACGGGCGGCGGGGCGGAGGCGGGCGCGGGCGCGGAGGCGGAGGUAGACACCGCGGUGCUGGACGCGGUGGCGAGGCGGGAGAAGCGGACGCAGGAGAGGAAGGAGAGGGAAAGGGAGAGGCAGGCGGCGGCGGAGGCUAUGGAGGUGACGAAGGAGGAGGUUAUGGCGCCGUCCGGUGAUGACGAGUUGGAUGAGGAAGUAGAGGAUCUGAAAAUUGAUCUUGAAAGCAUCGACCCGGUCCAAGAGUUCGGGUUUUUGUUGAUGGGUCAUGAAUUUGACAAUUACCCUAAGGGCAGGAUUCGCCCUCCGAAAGAUUGGAACUGGUUCCUAGAGGAAAUAAAGAAGACCAGUGAUGAUGAAGAUGAUGACGAUGUUAGUAACACGGAACGUAAAUCAAGGGGUCGUAGUGGUGCAAACAAGAAGAAGAAAAAGAGAGAGGGUGAAGAUGAUGAUGAGUGGACUGAUGAGAGCGAGGAUGGAAAAGACUCCCUGCUAACAGGCGCUAGUGUGAAGAGACCAAAAAAUUAUGUAACAAGAUCGAAAGACCCCAAAAAACCUUGCAAGGAGAAAUCUAAAACAGAAAAUGAGGAUACCACGGAUGAACAGGAUGAGACAGAUGAAGAUGAUGAAGCAGAUGAGACACUGGGAGGUUUUAUAGUCGGAGAAGAGGAUGAGCCUAUGGAAGAGCCGAGUGAAGAAGAGGAAGAGGAAGAGGAAUUCGAUGACGAAGAGGAGGACGACUGAUAACGACAUCGAUAAGGCUUUUGUGCUUUGACUUGAAGAUGUCAUGAAUUCGAUGGUGAAGACGAUGACAACCGAUAACACCGACGAUGAAGCUUUUGUACUCCCAUAUGAAGAUGUAAUGCAAGUGUUAACCAGUAGCACGUCCCAUACUGAAACUGUGUACAUAUUGUGUGCUUUUCUCGCUGUCUUGAAACUGCUGUGAAAAUGCUUGUUCGGCUGUUGUUACAUCCAGUUACUUUUGUUUGCUCA